ACCCACCCGCGAUAGCAACAGCAACGGCAGCAACAACAUCAUCAUCAACAACAACAACAAACAACAUCAUCAUCUAUAUAUACCCCUCUAGGCUUUGAGCAUCCACAAUCUUCAACAUCCUCCAACGGAAAACAACUUUUGCUGUUUCCCCCAGCGAGCUAUCGACUCUUAACCAUCCUCCCAUCUAUUCCAUCAAGCCGCCAAACUGAAGUACCCGAACAUUCAUAGCGCCUCGGCCAAUUCGCUGGUUCAACCCCCCAAGCCAGUCGAAAUGUCCCGCUACUCAGGCCGCAACGUUAACCCCUACCGGUCAUCCACUGGUACUCUUGCUAUGCCUCCUUCCCCUCCUCGCAGCAGCCACAUGGCUCCCGUGGACCCCCCAUCCCCGGCCGGGUCUGCCUGCUCAUCUUGUGAUUCCUCGCUCCCGCUCAACACCCCUUGGUCCGGGACCCCGACUUCCUCAAUGACUUCUCUUUCCACCCACCGCCCCCAUACCCAUAGACGCCCACGGGGACAGCCCUUCAAUGAUGGUGUUAGGAUUGUUGAGGCUUCCCGCGUGUCUCCUGAUGGUCGCCCUUCUCCCCUCGUUAUUCACAACCGGCCCCCUGUGCCAUCUCCCCCGCUAACCUCUCGAUCACUGAAUGCAUACCACACCGGGUCCAGGGCCCAUGGUGUCUAUCGUGGUGAUCCCUCGUCGCACACUCUGAUUGUGCCUGCAUCAUCAAACCCUAACCGUGAUCGCCGACGACGGGACUCUAUUUCCGGUCCGCUCUCUGCGAGAACUCUUGCUGAGCAUGGAUACACUAGAUACUACAAGUCAAUCGACAUCCAGGACGACCACGAGGGCAAUGCGGACGGUGGGGCCGGUCGGCGAGGCCGCACCAGGUUUCCACGGAAGCUCGUGAGUAAGGAAGCCAUUGAGGAGAUGGGACUGCCAUGGACCGAAGACCUGGACCGAUGCCUUGUCGUCCUCCGAGCGCUCAGCAGAACCGAAAUCGAGAGAUUGGUGGAUCUGACGGAGGAGAUUCGACGUGAGUCUACUGUAAUUUCUCCUCAUCCUUUUCUUGACCGAUACCCCCUCAGAAUCACCCUCUCUGACCUCUUUAAUCCUAUAUACUGACAUGUACACCAGGUCGUCGUAACUCAACCGGCAAAGCAGUCACUUUCGAAGAGAAGACAAUAAUCCACGAAGCCCCACCCUAUGCACCGGAGCCACCCCCAAUUGUUCAAGAGCGCAUUGUACACCACCGCCCAUCCCAUGAAACCGGGCGACCCCACACACCACUCACUUCUGAUACCAUGGCGCGCCUUAGUUCUGAUUACUCUUCGCAUCGUAUUUCCAAGACUGUCACUACAACCACCACCACCACAUCCCCAAAAUUCGGACCAACAGGAUUCAUUGGAUUGCCCGGGUCCUCGCAGGAGAAGCUAGCGAGGGCUGAAGAGAAGGCUGCUAGGGCAGAGGAUAGAGCGACCAGAUUAGAGGAGAGGGCAGAGAUCACUGGAAGGGCGAAAGACGAGCAUGAAGCUUUCAAAGCGAGGGCCAAAGCUCAGGAGAAGCAGCGUAAGGUUGGGGAGACACUGCUGAAGGAGAAGGGCAAGAUGGAAGCGAGGGAGAUGGAAGAGAGGACAUUGAGGCUUCAGAGGAGGUGAUGGCCGGGGGAAUGUGGUUAUUCCCAAGCAGUCUGGGUUUAGAAUAUUUUUGACAUUGAGGCACUUUGUUAUCAUUGCAGAUUAUUUUCCUUAGUCGUCACAGCUAUUAAAUUUUGGUGUUUUUCCUUUACCGUUUUCGUUACUACUGUUGGAGUCUUGCAUUUUAUCAAUCUUGUUGGGACGGUCACGGAAGGUUGGGUAGCAUAGCAUGCGUUUACACUCGUUCAAUGUACCCGAUAUGGUUUCGCAGCGUCUCGUUUGGUACCGUAUCCGGUGUACGUUUUAUUCAUGGUGUUGGGAACCAAAAACUCGAAAUGGGAAAACAAAACAGAAGUGUUGCACUAUCCAAAGCACGGUCUGCUCCCUGACCAGCAGGCGAUGUAUCCAAUCCCGUGCAUCCCUUUUUUCCCUUUCUCCACCGUAUCUCACUCCCAGGUUGCCGCGCCCCGCCCCGAAAAAGAAGAAAAGAAAAAGAAAAAAAGCAAGUUUUUCCCUUGCAUACCUUCCAUACCUUCCAUCCUUCCUCUCUCUAGACUGCCGGCAC